ACCAACAAGUGCAUCAUUAUCAUAAUAUCAUUGCACAAUACCCACUUCCAUCUCCUAGUGAUUUAUAUCGAGCUCUAACUCUAACCAACUCAACUCAACUCAAACCAAACCAACAACAACAACAAGGUUCAAUAUGGAGAUGAAGAGAAGAGAGUGUGAGAGAGAAACCAAGGAGGAAGAGCACAUACACAACAUGGAGGAUAGCAUGCACACUAUAGUGUUCACAGCAGGUACAUUUCUUCUAAUGGUGUGUCUAAAGCACUUUCUAGUUGAGCAAUGGCGUGCUUGGGUGUUCCUCAUCCUCAAUGUCAUUUUGUUAGCCAUUCUAUUCAUGUCUAUGAGGCCAAGUGAAAGUAGUGUUGAAGAAGUGAAGAGUGAAAAUAAAGAGAAAAAAAGGCCUAGUGGGGGGUCUCAAGAAAAUGAAGAAGGAAAAGAAUGCUACAUGAAACAAUGUUGUAGCACUAGUAGCAAAAAUUAUGUUCAUGUUGAGAAUGAAAUAAUAGAAGAGAAUGAUAAUCAUGAUGAGGAUGAAGAUGAAGAUGAAGAGGAGGAGCAUGUUCAAGUGCUGUCCAAGGAGGAGUUGAAUGAGAGGGUGGAAGCUUUCAUUACCAUGUUUAGACAACACUUGAUUUCAGAUGUCAAACAAGCUGAAAAUUUUAGGCUACACAAGAUUGAAGUGUCUUGCUGUUGAGGCUUGUGUUAUGAAAACAGCUACAAAUUUUGUUUUAUAUAUUAUUACCAUUAUUUUUUUUUAUUUCUUCUUCUAAAUGAUUAAGGGUGUCCUUUGCUGCUAUAUUGUUUGGAUUGAUCCAAUUUUCUGGGCUCUUGUUUAUCUUGGUUCCUCUUAAAUUUUUGCUGAUAAUCUCACCGGUGCUGAAAAUUGUUCACUUACAACAUAUACUUU